AAGAGGGUUCGGUGGCAGCGGGAGGGGGGGUGGGGAGCGGUUCAGGGCAGGGCCAGGUCCCAUCUUGGCUGGGGGUUGAAUUAGCGUUUCGCUUAUUUUGCUCUCCCCGGUCCGAGACCUCCUCCCGCCCUCGGUGCGGGGGCAGGGGACGCCGUACCGAAGGCCAAGUCUGUCCCGGAGGAGGAGCGUGUGUUCCCAGCUCCUCGCACGUUCGGUCUGGGUUUCUCCUUCUCAUCCUGCGCCUUUCCAUCUCUUUCUUGGGGCUGGGUUGUGCCCCAGUGAAGAGGAUGCUCUCUGCUUUCCACCUCUGCAGCUCUCUGCCGGCUUUUGUCGUUUAUGGUUUAUUUUUCCAAGCUCACGAGCUGCAGACAGCUCCGCUCAACGUGACGGGACCCCCCGGCCCCAUCACCGUGGCCAUGGGUGAGGACGUGGUGUUGCCCUGCCGCUUCUCCCCGGAGCAGAGCGUGCAGGAAACGGAGGUGGUCUGGUUUCGGGAGCAGUUCUCGCCCUUUGUGCAUCGCUACAAGGGCGGGCAGGACCAGUACGGGGAGCAGAUGCCUCAAUACCAAGGGCGCACUGAGCUGCUGAAGGACGGCCUCGCCAAGGGCAGCGUGGACUUGAAAAUUUUCCACAUCCGUCUGUCGGACAGAGGGAAUUACACCUGCUUCAUUCACCGUGGCUUGGAUUAUGACGAGGCUGUGGUGGAGCUGGAGGUGACAGCCAGUGGCUCUGCCCCGCUCGUCGCGCUGGAGCAGUACCAGGCCGGGGGGAUCCGGGUGGCCUGUCGCUCGGCCGGCUGGUACCCCCAGCCCCAGGUGCUGUGGCGAGAUUCCCGCGGGCGGCAUCUCCCAUCCCACUCGGAAAGCGUUACCCAGGACGAGAGCGGCCUCUUUGCGGCGGAAAGCAGCAUCAUCCUCACCAGGGGCCCGUACCAGAACCUCUCCUGCGCCGUCCGACAUGCCCUGCAGAGCCAAGAACGGGGAUCCCCUUUCUACAUAUCAGAUGCCUUUUUCCAAAACGCCCGUCCUUGGAUGACCGCCCUGGGCGUGGUCCUGGUUGCCGUGUUCGCGCUCCUUACUAUUGCCGUUUAUCUGUUUAAGAUUAAAGGAAAGCAGGAGAAAAAAAUAGCGAUGCAAGAGGCAGCACUGCGGGACCGUGAUGCAGAAAUCGAAAAGCAAGCUGAGGAGCUUGCAUGGAGAAGAUACGCAGUGCCAAUAGAAGAAGCGAAGGUGGUUCUGGAUCCGGACACAGCCCACUGUGACCUUGUCCUGUCUGACGACUGCAAAAGUGUGAAACGACAAGACACGCGGCAGGACAUCCCCGACAUCCCGGAGAGAUUUAACCCAUGGCGCUGCGUGCUGGGCCGUGAAGGCUUCACCUCGGGGAGAUACUACUGGGAGGUGGAGGCGGUAGAUGGAGGAGGCUGGACUGUGGGCGUCUCUAGAGAAGAUGUGAAAAGGAAAGGCGAGAUCGAGUUUAAACCGGAGGAGGGCAUCUGGGCAGUGGGGCAGUGGGCAGGACACUUCCAAGCUCUCACAUCCCCUAAUCGCACUCUCCUUCCUGAAAUCCAGACUCCCAAGCGGAUUCGUGUCUCUCUGGAUUACGAAGAAGGACGGGUGGCAUUUUUCAGUGUCGAUGAGGAGAUUCCCAUCUUCACAUUUCCACUGGUUUCGUUCGAGGGAAUAAGAGUCCGGCCUUGGGUCUGGCUGGGUCCUGGGACGUGGCUCAAAAUGUGGCCCUGAUGA